GUCGGAUGCAAUUAACCAUUAUUUCGCUGGAAAAAAAAAAAGAUUGAUAAAGAAAAUUUUCAAAAUCAACGUAAUUCUCGAUUUUACGUCACGAGGCAAUAACAGUGACUGCCGCCAAGUCGCGAAUCGUUAGACGACGUUAUCCAUCGGUAAAUCUCGCACGAUGACGAAAUAAGAUGAGCUAUUACGUGUAGGUACAAUGUCAUUCUCGUGUUACGUGAAUGGUCCUGAUAUCUCGAGAGAUCAUCUCGCAGAUCGACUUCCGGUAACUGGUGUUAACCAUUGUGUGCAUUCAGGCUGUAUUUGGUAUAAAUGCAACGACGUGUCUGCAGUCGGUGCAUAGCGGUGCAGUACAGUGCAUACUACGGUGCAUCCUACUGUUUCGAUUUUACGAACCCUUACAGGCGACCCUUACCGAAAAUUCGCAAUGAGGCUGUCGAUCGGAUUGCUUGGAUUGCUGCUGACGGCGCUCGUCGCAGCAGCCAAGGAGGAUAAAACGGAUGUGAAGAUAAAGGAAGCAUACGCGGAUUGCGCGAAGGAGCUGGGGAUGGAUAUGGAAAAAUUGAAAUCACGCGGUUUCAGUCAAGAGCGCGACAAGGAGCACGACUGUUUAGAUGCCUGUGCACUGCGUGAGCUCGGUGUAAUGGAAUCCGGAAAGCUGUCAAAGGAGGUCAUGGUCAAGAUGAUUGAAGAAACCAUAGAGAACGAGCACGAGGAGAAACGCACGGAAUUAUUAAAAAUCACAAACGCCUGUGUAGACGACGGUUUUUCUAGUUAAUGUUACGUCCUGCGUGGGGAAUGAUGAUCGCAUGAUCGUCGAUCGACUUCAAGGCUCUUCCGCGACUUGAAGCCACUCUUGAUACGUUCACUGAAGUGUGUUCCGGGAAGAGAGAGUAAAUCUUGGGGCGCUGAAUCAGUUCCUGGGAUCACGAGGUAUCUUUAGAGAUGCUUGCUGAGAUAUGACUAGACUGUUUUCGUCGUGUCAUCCGGAUGGACAAUGCUCGUGAUACUGGUUCGGACUUUGCCAGUGAGGAAUAUAAAUUUAGGAUACCUGGACGCAAGAUGCAUAGAUUCCCAGGUACUCCGGUCUCAUGGAGAGCUGUGAAGGUGAUAAAACAGAAACGUCAUUGACUAAGUAGAACAGUCAACGACGCAGAUCAUUUGGCAGAUUUAAAUCUGUCAUCGGGAAGAGACAUGCGCUGUGCUUUGAAAAUUCGAAUUGGAUGCGAGGGAGUUGGCAAUCGAGACACAUGGUCGAGCAGCUUUGGAGCAGUGACCGAGGAAAUAAUGAAAUUGUAUAUUAGUUAAAGUUACUGACAUUGGGAAAAGUGGACUCACCUUUGUUGUGUUUUCUCUUUUCUCAAGGCGCGCCGCAGGGCCUCUCUUCCCAAAAUCCAAUCAGGCAGAUGACACUCCGCGUGUUUAUGCCUUUCUGGUUACUUCGUAAGAAGACACUUUCUCUCUCACAACUUGGGAUAACGUAAGAACGCGUCACAGCACCAUAAUUAUUCGAUUCACUUUAUUCACGCACCUAAAAUCACGGAAAAAACGCGACGCGACACAUCGUCACCUGUUGCUCAGCCAAGAGACUGGAAUGUGUUGCGGCUUAAGAGUGACUAUGACCUGCGGACGACAGUGGCGACAUCCGUCGGACAAUUCUAGUACUUGUCAUGUAGAAACUUGCAAGUUCAAACUCGUUUUUUCUUAUGCAUGCUUUGUAUGAAAUUAAAUCAAGGAGAAG